GCAUCCCGUGAUUUGAGGAACGCCGUAUCGAUUCGUUGCAGAGAGGGAGGGAGAGAGAUGGGGAGGUCGGAGGUGGUGACGAAGGCGGAGAAGCUGAUGGAGGAACACAUGAGAGGGAACGACUCGUCCCACGACGCUUGGCACGUGUUCAGGGUCAGAGACCUUGCUCUCUCCCUCGCCCGCGAGGAAGGCCUCGCUUCCCACCCUGAUUCCAUGGAAAUUGUAGAGCUUGCUGCACUUCUUCAUGAUAUAGGUGACUACAAGUAUCUAAGAUAUCCAUCUGAGGAAAAAAUUGUCGAGAAUUUCCUUGAGGAACAGGGAAUGGAGGAAAGCAAGAAGAUCAAGAUCUUAAGGAUAGUAAGGGGAAUGGGCUUCAAAAAUGAGAUUAAGGGGCUUGCAGAAGAGGAAGUAUUUCCAGAGUUCGGGGUUGUGCAGGAUGCUGAUCGUCUUGAUGCCAUUGGGGCCAUAGGAAUAGCUCGUUGCUUCACUUUCGGGGGAAGCAGAAACAGAGUUCUCCACGAUCCUGCCAUCCAGCCACGAUCAGAUCUUUCCCAGGAAAACUACAUGAAGAAAGAGGAGCAGACUACCUUGAAUCAUUUUUAUGAGAAACUUCUGAAGCUGAAAGAUUUGAUGAAAACAAAGGCUGGACAAAGGAGAGCCGAGAAACGGCACAAGUUUAUGCUUGAGUAUCUGGAAGAGUUCUACAAAGAGUGGGAUGGGCGAGCCUAGGAAACAGAUUCUCUUUGACAGAGUUCUUUUCCAUGACAUUUAGAUGCUUGGCAUUUCUGAUUCUUGUGGGUUGGUCUUUGAUGUUGCUGUGGAACUGCAGGUUAUACUGAAGAGGUAUUAUCACCAUCACCAUUUACAAUGGUUUAGCCCUUACUGAUUUACAAUACCGAAAUUUAUCUAUAGUAAAGCUCUAUCUUUGAAUCCCGUUUUACCAAGUCAGUUGUCGGUGCGUUGUAGUCAUGAACAUAUAUGACCUACUAGCUUAUUUAAUUCCCUUUCUUGUACGCUGCA